UCAAUUCAAAAUGCCCUUAAGUACAAUAAAAAGUUAUAUUAUCCAAGUAUAUCAGAACUUGAAAAAGUUUGUUCUAUAAUGGACAAAUAUAAAGGUGAAGGCACAGUUAUAUCAAAACAAUAUGGUAUCAAAAAUGCUCAAGAUCCAAAAGAACAAGCUAUACUCCUUGGUAUUGCAUCUACAAUUAUGCUAGCUCUUUUAACUAAAUAUCUGGACUUACUAGCAGUAGAUUCUACUACAAUAUUUGUAAAUGAUAAGGAAACAAUACCAGUUAUUAAUCUUAUGUUUGAAUCAUGGUUAGCUAUGGACAAAUGGGAUCCAUAUCUAGUAGCAGCUAGAAAAUACUUGCCUAAUACUCAAACUAUAAUUAUAGAUGUAAAGAAGCUUCAGAUUGCUGCCAGAAUUGCAAGCUUAGCAGUUGCAGAGACUAUCGCAUCUUACUUUCGAAAGUAUUGGUUCGGUGAUUAG